AUGUCCAAGGAAUUGCAUCUCAACACCUACAUGGUGGAACAGAUCAAGGACCUAUGCAUCUUGGGCCUGUAUGACGCCAAACUGCUUUACGUGUUCCAGGAGCAGUUCGAAGGAUGGACUGAACAGAUGUUCAAACGUGCCGAUACCCCCCAAUUCGUUGCCCUUCUUCAGCACGAUGAUCCAGAGGUAAUGCCGGGAUACAGCGAAAACUACUUGCUGAAAACCGACAUCAACCCUCGGUCUGAGGCAUACCCAGUAAGCCUCAAACUCAAAAGAGGAGGUAGAGUGACCACCGUGGAGAAGGAAGAGCCCCAGGGCCAUGGAAUCAAAGAUGGAACCCUUCGACGAGACCAUGACGAAAUACCUGUGAAAGCUGAGAUUCCUCGGGCAACGUCGAUACCCCUCCGACCGCGUGAGACCACGUCUCCAACCGAACUCCAGCAGCCGUAUGACAUCUUGGAUGACAAAGUGAGACUCAUGUUGAACACCUACUUCCAUCUGGGGAUUUCCCCAGGUCUGGGGCCGCCAGAUCCACCACGCCUCCUGGUUCUGCCGUGA